AACAAUUCUUCCGCCGCAGAAACCGGUUAGGCGAUUUCCGGCCGCCUGGGGCGACGGUGCUUCCACUUUUAUUCCCCUCUCUUCCUCUUCUACUCAUGCUUCCCCGUCUCCACCGCUCUCGUUUUCUUCUUGAAGCUUUCUCUGACUCCGCACUCGAUCUCCCCCUCAGGCGCCACCACGCCGCCGCCGCCGCCGCCGCCGCCGCCGGCGGCGGCCUCCACUGCCCAGCUACGGUUUUUAUCCCUUCCGCAGCCACCCAUACUCAGAAUAGACUACAACGGUGAUUUCUGCAAGGGCUUUUCCCCCUUCUGAAACAGCUUCACUUUCUUAAAGAGUUUCUGUAGUUGGGGUGGCUAGCAAUGGAAGUUUUGCUGCCAAAACUUCCUUCUUUCAAAUUUCCAAGUGCCACUUAUUGCUGCUCGAUCACUAGUAGGAGCUCUUCAUAUGUCAGAUUUGGGUUCCGUCGUGUAUCUGUUUGUGCAUCAACUGUCAAUGAAACAGUAGCUGAACCUACAGUUGGUUCCUCUUCUUUGGGUCACUCCACGCGACCCCAUUUCCCUAUACUUCACCAGGAAGUAAAUGGCUCAAAACUUGUUUACUUAGACAAUGCAGCAACUUCUCAGAAGCCCACCACUGUGUUGAAGGCAUUGCAAAACUAUUAUGAAGCUUACAAUUCAAAUGUGCAUCGGGGCAUACAUUUCUUGAGUGCAAAGGCCACAGAUGAGUAUGAAUCGGCUAGAAGGAAAGUUGCGUCUUUUAUAAAUGCCACUGAUUCCAGAGAGAUUAUAUUCACAAAAAAUGCUUCUGAAGCUAUCAAUCUUGUUGCCUAUUCUUGGGGGCUGUCAAACUUAAAACCAGAUGAUGAGAUCAUACUUACAGUUGCUGAACAUCACAGUGCGAUUGUUCCUUGGCAAAUAGUAGCUCAAAAAACAGGGGCUGUUUUGAAUUUUGUGGAUCUAAACCAAGAUGAAAUUCCAGACAUAGACAAAUUGAAAGAAAUGCUCUCAAGGAAGACCAAAAUAGUUGUUGUCCAUCAUGUUUCAAAUGUGCUUGCUUCUGUUCUUCCUAUUAGAGAUAUUGCACAAUGGGCACAUGAUGUUGGAGCAAAAGUUCUUGUAGAUGCUUGUCAGAGUGUUCCACACAUGAUGGUUGAUGUCCAGAGCCUUAAUGCUGAUUUUCUUGUGGCUUCUUCUCACAAGAUGUGUGGGCCUACAGGCAUUGGAUUCUUAUACGGUAAAAUAGACCUCUUGUCUUCCAUGCCUCCAUUUUUGGGUGGUGGUGAAAUGAUUUCCGAUGUAUAUCUUGAUCAUUCAACUUAUGCUGAACCUCCAUCCAGAUUUGAGGCUGGAACACCAGCUAUCGGGGAAGCAAUUGGUUUAGGAGCAGCCAUUGAUUACUUAUCUGGGAUUGGUAUGCAAACUAUACAUGAUUAUGAGGUGGAGCUCGGUAGAUAUCUGUAUGAGAGGCUUCUUUCAGUCCCAAAUAUUCGCAUCUAUGGGCCAGCACCUUCAGAAAAAGUCGAACGAGCUGCCCUUUGCUCUUUCAAUGUUGAGAAUUUGCACCCUACUGAUCUUGCAACACUUCUGGAUCAACAGCAUGGAGUGGCUAUCAGAUCAGGUCACCACUGUGCCCAACCCCUCCAUCGCUAUUUAGGUGUCAGCUCAAGUGCACGGGCUAGUCUCUAUUUCUAUAACACAAAGGAGGAUGUAGACAACUUUAUCCAUGCCCUCAAUGACACAGUCAGCUUUUUCAAUUCAUUGAUGUAACUGAAAUGUAUUUUUAUGUAUAUUAUAUUUUGUUUAUACAAGAAUGAGAGGGUUGGCUUAGUUGGUAGGACAAACUGCAUCAAUGAAAUGUUCUUGAAUUUCAUUCUUCCUGUUCAUAUCAUUGGCUGGUAAUAGGCAUCCACUAAUUGCAGUAUUGCAACCUAUCUACCUCCUGAAUUUUUGUGUAAAGAAAAUGCUCUUAACGCACUAAAUUUUUCC